AUUAUAAACUAUAUUGGAAAACAACUUCUUUAAUAAAUACUGUAGAUAUUCUUUCAUCUAUUCAACAAAAAAUUUUACCUGAAGAAGAAUUUGCUGGAAUAUCUAUACAAGAAAUAAUAGAAGAACUGGAACUUAGAUUUUCUGCAAAAAAGAAAUAA